ACUUCGAUAUUCAGUAGUGUUUUUAUGGCUGUCCUAAGCAAAUCGUUCGAAGAUUGGAUCAGCUGGCGGAGCUGCAAUGAGUUGGUCCAUCCCCAUAGCUGCCGGAAAGCUGCAUUCCAGAACUUCUUCCGAUUCAUCUCCUCCAAUUCAAAAUAUUAUCUUCCUUUGCUACUGAUUCAUUUGGGCAAACAUGGAUUUCGAUCUGGUGCUGUGGACUUGGAUCUACUCGUGGAAUCUCUGUGGUAUUAUGCCCAACUGGUGUUUGGAGGCGUGGUCGAAGCCAGCCUUAUAACGUGGUCCAUAUGCAGUUUGCGAAACUAUUUGGGAAAAUUCCACCCGUCCACAUUGCUCUUCGUUCCCUCAGCUUUGGGAGGCGCUUUCUGUGCAUUCUUUCCCAAAAAAGUCAAACAUGUGCAGCAGACAGCGAUCUUUCAGUCUGUCAUUGAGAACCUAAUGCUCCUGAACCAUCCAUUGUGCAGACUCUUGUCUACUUCAGUGGGUCUACAAGCUGCGAUCUUCAUGGUUUGCAGUGCAGUUAUCUUGGAGGGAAAACAAAGAAAGUGGUACAAUGGAUUUUGGUUCCUCAUUCCAGAUCCUGCACCUGAUAAAGAUACUUGUGAUAAGAAGUCCUGCUCCCAUUCGGAAUCAGAUUGUGGUUUAUAUAUAGUGCGGGGUAUACGCAAUUAUCUGAUGUACGGACUCGCUUUGGAUAUAUUCAAGGCUUUAGUUAGCUGCACCAAGAGUGGACAGUGGGAUCUCAAGCAUUUUAAACUUCAGUCCACAGCUUGGUUGGGCUGCUAUGUUGGCAUAUAUAGGGCUGUCCAUUGCUAUCUACGCCGUAGUCCAGCGAUCAAAGAUUCCCUUCGACAUCCGUUGGCUGGUUUUCUUGGAGGCUUUAGCUAUCUGUUCUAUCCAAAACUGACAAUCUUGAGUUAUGCACUUUUGGAGGCCUCUCGCACCUUGUGGGCAAAACGUCAAGGAUCAGAGAAGAAGCGAUAUGGAUAUAGCGAUAUAAUAUUUCCCUUUGCCAUGGCAUAUCUAGUCCAAAGUUAUGUGAUGAAAGAGCCAACCGGUUAGUGGACUUGCUGGCAUUAUAGUAGACAACACUACGGCCAACUACGGUACAAACAUCAGCAAGCGGUUAGCCCGACUGCAAUGAAUUCAUUAAGCUGUUAUGUUUGGCAUUUAAAUAUACGUUUCCAAUGUUUUGCAUUUUAA